AGCUCAAUAGCGAGCUGCUGAGGCGUCCAGUGGCAUAGAUUCAUAAGUCCGUCAGCGAGGUUUUAACUCUCCUCUUGUAAAGGCUUCGUACACAGGCUUCAGUAGGGAACGCGUGUCCAGCGUCACUGCAAUCAUGCUCGAGGUUUUCAUUUACACAACUAGCAUUGACGACUCAGUUAACUGACAAUUUAAGUGGAUAUAUGUAAGCUUGAGUGCUCUUUCCUUAUAGCACCGGUCAGUGUUUACUCAUCUCAUUUAAAUCUGGUACCUUAUGUAUUGAUGACCAACUCCAUAGAACUAGCGAGUAGAUAGAUUAUCAGCUGACGACAUGUACGAUGGUGUCCCUGUAAGCUGGUCUCGUGUCUUAUGAUCUAGUGAUGGAGAGAGUUUACACAAAAAACCAGCAAUGUUAGUAACAGGUGUCACACACGCAUGGCACCCAGUGCAACGGCAUAUCGGAAAACCUUAACAUACUCGUCGUGCUCAGGAUGUAGAUUAUCGUACGCUUUACCUGUUUAAAAAAGCUUUACAAAGAGGAUUUCCCACCAUGUUGUAAGAUAGUUAAAAAUAAGUGUGUAUUACUGUAUUACUAGCUGUGUGUUUUCGUGCCAAAUAUAGAACGCAAUGGAACGCAUCUUUGAAUACGUUUCCCGUACCUGCUAGAUCGAGAUACAUCACGCGAAGGUGUAAAUCUCUGCUGUUAAUUCAUUAUCUCUUAAUCUUUAUAGCUGGAUUUUAAGUCACGACUGUAAAGGUGUGCAAGCUGGAGAGCUUUUCCAUCGAGAACAUUUGUGUGGAUUUCGAGGAUGACAACGAAGUCGACCGUCGGAAAGGAUGCGGGAAAACUAACAGUAACGGACGGAUAAGAUGCUCAGGUUUCCUCUGCAGUAUGGACGUGUUUUCAAUGAUCAAACAGACCAUCACUUCGGAAGACUCAAACCCAAUCACGAAAUAUUUCGAAAUUGGGCGCCAAGUUGGUAGCUACGGACCAGAAAUGGUCUGGAAAAUAUACGAUGCUGUUAGAAAAGAGGAUAAAAAGGAAGCAUCGGUGUGUAUCUUCGAGAAAAAGAUUGCCGACAAGCUCCACAAACCGAGGAGAAGGGAGACAGUAACAGAGAUUUUACGACAAGGCGUCCAGCUUCUCGAGAAGUUUAAACACCCUCGAUUACUGGGUAUCUUACAUCCCCUGGAGGAAAGUCAUAACAGCCUUGCAUUUGCCACGGAACCGUUGUUUGCCAGUCUUGCCAACGUGCUAGGCCGUUACGACAGGAUACCAACGCCUGCUCCACCGGAAAUAAGGGAUUAUGAAUUCCUGGACUAUGAAAUACAGUACGGUAUACUACAGAUCACAGAGGCCUUAUGUUACCUUCACGCUGUGGAGCAGAUGGUUCACAAGAAUGUAUGUCCACAAUCUAUCCUCAUCACCAAGAGAGGCACGUGGAAACUGUCGGCCCUGUGCUUCGCCGAGACAGUGCGUGAUGGAAAGGAUUCUGUGAUUUGUCAUCCCUGGAGUACUAAAGUGCCUAAAAUGGCUCAGCCUGAUUUGAACUACAUAGCCCCUGAGACCCAAAACUCAAAAUACUGCUACUUUUUAAGUGAUAUGUUUGCUCUCGGAAUGGUCAUAUGCACUAUAUUCAAUACUGGUACACCACUUAUAGAGGCGGAACAUAACACAACUACCUAUCAAAAACAGCUAGAAUUCAUCACGGAAAAGUUCAGUGACGUCGCUCACCGGAUGCCCCUCCCCCUUGUAGAGCCUGUAGAAAAGAUGAUUAAUAAAGAUCUCCGAUACCGCCCGACAGCUCAGCUUUUUUGUUUGUUAAAAUAUUUCAACGAUCCCAUCCUUAGAAGUUUACAACAGUUAGAUAAUAUAGAUAUAAUGGAUUAUUGCCAGAGAGCUGAAGUGUACGCGUUUAUAGCACAAGUCAUCCCCAGUAUACCGAAAAAAAUAUUAUAUCGCCAUGUCUUCCCCGCCCUUUGCCUUGAAUGCUCAACAGCCGACACAAUCACCAGUGCAUUAUCUCCCCUGCUAACCCUUAUCGACUACGCCACACGGGAGGAAUACGUGGAGAAGAUCCUGCCCUUUUUCAGACUCAUCAUGAACUCGCCUAAACCAGUUCAGGCGACAGUGUACAUACUAGACAAACUGGACACGGUGCUGAUGAAAAGUCCAGCGGAUGAAAUACGGUCAGAGGUUUUACCAUUCGUCUUCAACAGCUUGGAGUCCAACUCAUUACAGGCACAGGAGGCAGCUCUAAAUGCAAUUGGUAUUAUCAAAGAAUACUUAGACGAUAGUGUGAUGAGAAAUAUGGUGCUACCUCGGGCAAAAGCUCUCUACCACAAAGGAAGCAAUGUGAGGGUGCGACUGAAUGCGUUGUCUUGCAUAGACUACUUGCUUGAUAGCCUGAACAAGAUGAUAAUACUGGACGAGGUGUUACCCUUCCUGACUGAUAUCACAGGUCAUGACCCGGAUAUCGUGAUGGCAGUGGUCGGUAUUUAUAAGCACAUGUUAAGUGACAAAAAAUUUGGCCUCACCCAUAAUCUAAUAGCGACAAAGGUGAUGCCUCCCCUCAUUCCGCAUACCGUAAACCCUGGCCUUAGUAUGGAAAAGUUCAGUGCACUAAUGGAAGUUCUCAGAGAGAUGCUGGAGCAGAUUGACAGAAAACGUCGCAAUAAGAUGCAGGAAGAGACUUCGGCUGUACCACUUCCAAAAAGGGGGUCAAUAUGCAUGCCACUGGUUGACGGUAAGACUAAGGACGAAAAAUCGAGCACGUCAACUUCAUCUCGAAUCUUUUUGACUGUUGAAAAUAGUGGAAUGUCAAAAAGUCGCACAGAGCAAUCUCUGUCCAAGUUGUCCCUGAUUGGUCUCGACAGAUCACGUGAACAAUUAGCCGCUCUGACGUCCGCAGCUCCAAGCAGUCCUGAUAUGCAGCAUGUAAAAGACGAUAAAUUGUCCCUCAAUCCGGAAAAAGAAAACCAGCGCCGGUUCAGUUUGAUCCCGCCAGCAGGAGGGACACCAGGAAUCAGCCUCAUCUCGGACGAAAGUCCCUGCUCGGAUCGGCCACGACGUCCGAGUACACAGAGCCUCGGACAGUUUACACUACCUGUAAGUUGGUUUGGAGAGUAUCGCCGUGGGUCUUCUGACUCCUCCCGGAGAUCCUCCACUGAAAAACCGCGCCGUCCCAGCACUCAUAGUGUUGGCAUUUUACCGAUUAGUAUGUUCGGCGAGGGUGGGGAGAAGCCCCGCAAAACGAGCACACAUAGUCUUGGAAUAUUUCCCCUAGGCGGUUUUGACGACGAUCCUUAUGGUUAUACUGACCCCCGACAGCGCCGAACAAGUGCUGGUCCCUUCAUCACGCCCGAGUUUGAGAGGAAGAACAGCCGUGGAAGUUUAUUUGGGUUUGGCGAUAACAAAGGAGGACAGAGACGAGCAAGUUUUCAGGCACUAGGCGAAAGCGUGAUGCAGUUGUUUUCCAGUAAAUGACCAGAUUCGUACUGCCGCCUGUUCUUAUAACUGUAUCAGCAUAAUGCCGCAGCUCUCUUCAUUUCCAUUGGAACAUGUGUACGUCAAGACUGAAGUACACCACCAAGUACAUCCACCAAGUACACUCACCAACGACGUAUUCUGCAUUCACACAGGAGCGUUGACAUUUUGUGUAGGUGUCACAUUACAGUUGUUUAGAUAUUCUGGACGUAAAACUGACAGCAAGAAAUGUUAACUUAAAAAAAAAUAUGUAUAUGACUCUUAUAUACGAAAAGAUUUCACACUCUACUAGAACCCUUCGCCAAUUACUGGUAUAACUAUUUAUCAUCACGAUGAUGUAAUUCUGUAUUUGUUCUGUACGGAUGUCUUAAUUUAUCAGGAACAUUUGGCCUUCCAUAUUUACGUAUUCCGUUUCCAGCAAAGAUUAUGAAAUAUCAAAGUGUUUUAGUUGAAUAUCAUGCAUGCAUAUUAUGUGUCAUGAUUGUCUGACAGGUGUGAAAAUGUGUUAAUGCAGAUUUUGUAUCGAGUCUGCACGCGAGAAGUAUAUGAGACAAACAUUAAAAUUAGAAUAAGAAUCAAGAUCAUCGUUCUCCUGGAGACCUUACAUACUUUUAGAUCAAGGUUGAUUUCAGCUGAUCAUAAUAGCGUUCUUUGGGAGUUUAAGGAAAGUGAUAUUCAAUUGACCUCGAAGUAUGAGUAUUGUGUGUACAUACAUUAACGAGAAUUUAGCUAAAAUGGUACAGAAAUGUUAUAGAAUUAGCCGAGGUGACAGAUACUUUAGCAACAAUAAUAGUGUAUUUAGCUAAUCUAAUAUAAUUUUUGUAACUUUUAUAUUGGCUUUAAAUAUAUCUGUUAUUUUUAUGACUACAUUAGAUAAACCAUGGUAUGGGUGUAACCACGCGGACUCAUGGCGGCUUCAUAUAUACGCUUACUUGAGACAACUGCCGAUAGCAUUGUUACCGUCUUAGAAUGGUGGAUCAUAUUGAAAACGUUGUCGAGAUCUUACAUGUACUGUUAUAUGUUGUGUGAGCGAGACCUAAUUCAUACAGGAAAUGUUAUCCAUGAGGGAUGUAUUUUAUAUCACACCACUUAUAAGGUUAUAUUUAGUACCAUCUUAUAUAAUUAUUGUUUUUUUGGUUUUCGUAUUUUACGUAAAACAUGUGACAUUCUAAACAGCUGAUAAUAAUACUAAUUAAAAUGAACUUUAAAAGAGUGCAGAUAUUGUUGGGACGACACCUAAAUAUG